CUGAUUAAUUGACAGUAGCUUGGUAUUUGUCUAUACUGAAAAAGUAAAGGUACAGUGUUAAAGUACAUUAAUAAUGUAGGGACAUCAUCAAAUAUAAAGAUGGCAAAGAGAUGCAAUUAUUGAUAGCUGGAAAAAGAUAUUUAGGACUCCUACUACAACAAACAAAGUGAAACACAGGGAAUUAUUGAAAUAAAGUUUGGAGUAAUAUAUGUUUCAUGAAAUGAAAUUAUAAAGCAUAUAACCCAACCAAGAAGUUAUCAUUUCUUCCAAUCAAGGCAAAUAACAAAUGCCUUUCUUUUAGUCAAAGGCAAAUAGUGAUACUUAGAUUUCUACUUUGGAGAUUCCUACUUUUUCUAUAUAAUGGUUUUGCAUGAAGGGUAAAUGAACUCGGAGCUAGCAAGACAACAGAGGUUAGAUAGCUCUGACGGGAGGAAGAGUUUGGAAGUUGAGGUCAUCCAUUCAUACGUUGUAGGAGGAUGACUACUCCUGAUGAUGCUGAAACAAAAGUCAAAGUGAAAGAUAUUAUGAAUGCAGCUCAAAUACAUCUAGUUGUGGCCACACUACUAGUGACGGUCACAUUCGCGGCCGGUUUCACAUUACCGGGAGGUUUUGAGAGCGA